AGGAGAACACAUUCACCAGAUAUCCUACAUUGCCGUUAAGAAGGAGAUUCACCAGAACCAUCCAGAAUGGAAAAUGUCACAGGAGACUACAGCAAACGCGUGUAUCAAGGUGUGAGAGUGAAGCACACGGUCAAAGACUUGCUGGCGGAAAAACGAUCCAGGCAGACAAGUAACUCAAGAUUUAAUAGCGGAGUCAGCAACUCCCCGUCUCCAUUUGCCCAGAUGCCAGGUUCACCGGUAACGUCAGGUUACUAUGGUAUCAGAAGAUCUUUCCUCUCUGACUCGGAUUUCCACCACACGAAACAGUUUGCAAACGACGUCUGCACCUCACCGGCGAAGCCCUUUCCCUGUGAGUCCCCCGCAGGGCAGAGCCACCCGGCCCUCCUGGAUUCCUACUUCCCGGAGCCCUACGUAGACCACCGGCCCCCGCCAGGCCUGACCCCCAGCACCGGCUCUCUGUUCAGCGCCUCGCCCCUGCCGCCGCUCCUGCCUCCACCCUUCCCUGGGGACCCCACGCACUUCGUGCUUAGGGACUCAUGGGAGCAAACGGUGCCCGAUGGUCUCAGCCAGGCAGACCCCGUGCCCGCCGAUACCCCGCAGACCUUGCCGCCCAGCACAGGAUGUCUCUCCCAGCUGGAGUCUGGGACCAGCACUCAGCACAGGAGCUCCAGCUGGGGGGCCCCCCUAGCUGGGGCUCAGUCCUACUCCCUGCAUGCACUAGAGGAUCUGUAUCAUGUGCCGGGGUACCCCACCCCACCCCCGUAUCCCUUCACCCCUUUCAUGACCAUGUCCAAUGAUCUGCCGCACAAGGUGGUGCCCCUCGUCCCAGAGGAGGGGGUAGACGCCCCUUCCCUUCAGGACCCUUCUUCGUGGACCAAAGAAGACGGGAGCAUGGCGUGGGGGUCAUAUGAGUGCCGUAGAGCUUACUGAAGGGAGCGCUGUAGGACUUCUGCUGGGCUUUUCUCUGAGUGGGGUUCUGUAUUUCACGGACCAUUUGCAGUGCGGUAGCUUAUUCAUUCAGAACCAGAUUCUCAGAACAGGCCAUCAGGCCACCCUUUGUCAACAGACCACGGGAUUCAUUUGUAAUCCUCCCUACCACAGCCCCAUGAAAUACAACGUACGUUAAUUCGGGACAUCAGACCGUAUUCUAGUGAGACACCUGAGAGCGAUGCCUUUUUGGAACUUUAGUAACACCUUACAUUCUGAAUUUCUGUUAUC